AUGGCGGGACCACAUUUGCACACGUACUUGCAUCUACAUUUGUGCUUAUACCUUUUAACGUGGAUCGCAGUUAUUCCCGUACUCCUCGUUGCAUCGCUAAACGUGUCAAACUCUUUAAAAAAUGAAGAGAAAUACAAAAAUUUAAAUAUUCCAAAUAUGGAGGGGAAAAAAUUGUUUUUCAAUGAAAUAAAAUUAAAUAACAGAUUUAAAAACAAUAUGAAAGGAUUCAUUCAAAAUGUCCAAAAUUUUCACUACAUUAUAGAAAAUAAAAUACCCAAUUCGUUAUUAUAUGUUCAGGAGGAUUUAAUAAAUUUUCAUAAUAGUCAGUUUAUUGGGGAUAUAGAAGUUGGUACCCCCAGCCAAAAAUUUAAAGUCGUUUUCGACACUGGUUCAAGUAAUUUUGUGGUGCCCUCCAUAAAAUGUGUUACAGGAGGGUGUGCAUCUCACAAAAAAUUUGACUCCGACAUGUCAAAAACUUUUGCUAAGCACUUGAAAAGCAAUAAAGAGUCCAUUUACACGUACAUUCAAUACGGAACAGGAAGAAGCAUUCUUGAGCAAGGAUAUGAUGAUGUGCGCUUAAAAGGGCUAAAAAUUAAAAACCAAAGUAUAGGAUUAGCUAUUGAAGAAUCUUUACACCCCUUUUCGGAGUUACCAUUUGACGGAAUUGUUGGUCUAGGAUUCUCUGAUCCUGAUUACAGUUUUCAAAAAAAGUACACAAUGCCCUUGAUAGAAACAAUCAAAAAGCAGAAUCUACUGAAGAGGAACAUUUUUUCAUUUUAUGUGCCAAAGAAAUUGGACGAGUCGGGGUCCAUUACAUUUGGAAAGGCCAACAGCAAAUACGCAGUGGAAGGAAAACAAAUUGAGUGGUUUCCUGUAGUAUCAAUUUACUUCUGGGAAGUAAACCUCUUAGACAUACAACUUUUUGACAGGGAGUUGAGAAUUUGUAAUAAUAAAAAAUGUAGAGCCGCAAUAGACACAGGAUCGAGUUUGCUAACUGGACCGUCCAGCCUCAUACAACCCUUAAUAGAAAAACUAAAUUUAGAGAAAGAUUGUUCGAAUAUAAGUAGUUUACCAACUAUUUCAUUUAUUUUAAAAAAUGUUGACGGAAAAAAAGUAAAACUGGAUUUUAAACCAGAGGACUAUAUCCUUGAAGAAGUAGAUAACGAGGACAAUAAAUCUGUUCAAUGCGUAAUUGGAAUAAUGUCACUUGAUGUUCCUGCGCCACGAGGACCUAUAUUUAUUUUUGGAAAUGUUUUCAUUAGAAAAUACUACACAAUAUUUGACAUUGACCAUAAGCUUGUUGGUCUAAUUGAGGCAAAUCACAAUUUUUAG